CGAGCUUGCCAUGGGUUGUUGUUGUUCGAGCAGCGAUGCUCAGGAAGGGGCUGGAAUAAGUAGAAGGUACUCUGACUGGUCUCUGCCCAGUGUUGCCCACCAGGAAAACUAUCGGGCACGGUUAAAGGGAGGAAGUUACUACGAUGGUUCCCCGAGUGGUAUGAACGGUGGUGGAGAGGCGUCAGUACGGAGUUUAGUGAGCAAUUCUAAUGCACGUAAAUGGAGUGAGGAAUUGUUCGAGGAGAAGAUGGCCAAUAGGCGACGAGAGAGAGAACAUUCAAUUACUAGAUCCAACCGCGGGGAUACGACAAGUCGGUCGAAUCGAUCGUACCGUGGUGAUGCCACGAAUCGCUCGCACGUGGGAGGGGACCUCACAGGCAGAUCUUAUCGUGGUGGUGGGGAAACUACAAAUCGAUCGUGUAAUCGAUAUUAUUCUGGAGGAGAUUGCACUAGUAGAUCGGCGCUGGCUUACAAUUAUUCGAGGGGUGAUAUGACUUCACGAUCCACGCGAUCCACGAGUCGAAUGGUCCGAGGAGAGGAGUCGCUGACAAGCAGUGAGCUUGGGGGUAUCCCUCCACAGCACCCCAUCCGAGGGAAUUAUACUUAUCCUCACAUACAAAGGGACACUUCGGCAGGUGGCUCAUCUCCUGGGGAAUGGCCUGGACAUUCCCCGAUGCCAUCAUCAUUGCCACCAACAGUGCCUCUGGCUGCUAGGAGUCCGAGGGGGCUUGCUAGGUCCCCAGCUUCCUUUCGAAGAUCGCCAACGGCAUCCAGUUUUAUGCCUAGUCCUCGAUCCCGAGUAACCCUACCAUCGUUACCACGAUCGAAUCUACCUCCUUCACGGACUGCUAUAUGAGCAGCAGUGUUGUGUUACUCACUAUAUGUUUAUC